AUAAACGUACUUCGAUAAUGCCAGAGGAGCUUGCACCAUGGUUUCCCGGCGUGUCUCACGAAGUUCUGCUGUGGUCCAGCGACUUUGAGAGUCCUCCCCGCCAUCUUGACUCCCCGCAGUGGACACGCCGUCCUCGCGUCCUUCUCUCCCUCUCCGAGCAUCUCCAGCAGCUGGUCGAUUCCCAGGGGAUCUUGAUCCCUGAUGCGCGCCAUGAUCCUGGACAGGACCGAGUCGCGGCUCAGGACCUGGAAGGCGUGGGUCAUCUUCCUCGCUAUCACCCUUGCGAUCUUCGUCUGCGUUAACAUCGCUUUGCUCGUCAGCUACAUCAGGAUAAGCAACCUCCACACGACAGAUCAGAAGAAAAAGAUCAACCUGUGUGAAGCGAAGCAAUGCCUGGCAACGGCAGCGCAGAUCCGAAUGGCGAUGGACGACAGCCACGACCCUUGCGUCGACUUCUACCGGUACGCGUGCGGGGGGUGGAUCACCGGCCCCAUCUCCCAGCGCCUCAAGAUGGGGGUGCGCAGUCUGGACAGUACGCAGCAGCAGACGUCGUGGAUGUUGAUGGCCAUGCUGUCCGCCCCCAGGCGCGACGGGGAGUUGAACUCCGUGCGUCUGGCCAAAACCUUGUUCCACUCGUGCCAGGACGACGUGGAGAUACAGAAUCGCGCUCUGGUGCCGUUCAUGAAGAUAUUCUCGGAGCUGAAGGAGAUGGUGGCCGACAAGUCGGUCGUCACGGACGAUCUAGCAGACCUCCUUGUGAAGGUUGGUAGUCUGGGCCUGCACCCGCUGAUCGACUUCGGCGUCAAGCCCGACAAGGAGAACACAACGGUCAACGUCAUCUACCUGGAGCAGCCACACCUGAACGUGGAAAGAUACCUGUACUUUUACCAGAAAUUCGAGAACUACUACAUACAAACGGUGAUGAAGGCGAUGAACAUCGUGGACCCUGACCCAGAAUGGAGCAACCCCACCCGAGCCGCCAGGAUCGUACAGUUUGAGAAGCAGCUCGCCAACAUAACCUUUACCCCCGUGGAGAUGAGAGACCAGAAGAUGAUCUACUCUCCUACCACUCUCGAGAGACUCGAGAGCAAGUACUCCUCCUUUAACUGGUCAGCUUUCUUGAUCGGCAACUUCCAUCAUGUUGACCUGGACCUGAAACUUUCACCCACGGAAAAAAUUGUGCUGAGUCAUCAACGCUACUUCGACGAUCUUUUCACUCUUUUGAUGACCAUGCCAGACGACACGGUGGUUGAUUUCAUCAUCUGGUCGUUCGUGAUGUCCUUCCGGAUGGCGAUGCCACCUGCCUUGCGGAGUAUACUACUCUCGUACCGCACGCAGUACCUGGGCGUGGACCGAGCUCAGUGGUCGAGGCAGCUCACUUGUGUCGGCAUCACCGCCAGCACCAUGCCCCGGGCCGUCAGCCGACUCUACAUCACCAGCAACUUCUCGCCGGCAACAAUAUCAGCAACGGAGGAGAUGAUCAAUGGCAUACUCAAGUCGCUGAUCGUCGUACUCAAAACACUGGAAUGGAUGACUCCAGAGACGAGGGAACGGGCGAUAGACAAGGUGCGGAAGAUGAAAGUCGAUGUGGGUUUCUCCAGCGAGGAAAUCAGCGACAACUUUCUCAACAAUUACUACCAGGGAUUGGUGUUGUCCAAUAAUACUUUCCUGGAGAACUUCAUUACCCUCUCCAAGUUCCUCUCGAAAAAAAGUUGGUCGCAGCUGAGAAAACCAGCUACGGUCAAAUGGAUCAGCCCUGCCAGUGAUGUCAACGCCUUCUACCUACCCACAAAAAACAGAAUUUUCUUGCCGGCCGGCGUCCUGCAGUCUCCCAUGUUCUCCGUGAACAACGUGACUCAGGCGCUCAACUACGGGUCACUCGGUGCCAUCAUCGGCCACGAGAUCCUGCACGGCUUCGACGACGUCGGCAUGCACUACGACGACAGCGGCAACAUGAAGGACUGGUGGAAGCACAGCGAUAAAGAGAAGUUCCAGGAGAGGAAAGACUGCAUGGUACACCAGUACAGCAACUUCAAGGACAAAGAGCUCAACCUCUCAAUGAACGGACGGUUGACUCUGGGUGAGAACAUUGCGGAUAAUGGCGGCAUCAAGAUCGCCUUCAAAGCUUUCGUCCAGUACCUGCGCGAUCACAACCUGCAGGAUCACCCCGUGAGCUACCCGGGACUCCGCAGUCUCACGCAGGCGCAGCUGUUCUUCCUGUCCUUCGCGCAGACGUGGUGCUCAGACCGGAACCCCAUAGAGCGAUUCGCGCAGGUCAAGAGCGACGUUCACGCCCUCACUCACUUCCGGGUGCUGGGGACCUUGCAGAACAGCGCAGACUUCGCCAACACCUUCUCCUGCCCGCUGGCCAGCCCCAUGAACCCCAUCCACAAAUGUCUGGUGUGGUAGCCACCCGCCAGCUGCUGUGUUCACACUCCACUGAACUGUGAACAGACCUUGGCUGACUCUGCUUCUGACCCACAACCCGCCAUGUUGGUAGUCUUCAGGCGAUGUCCUCUCGGUGAAUACUCUCUCCCUGUACUGUCAACACUUUCAACACUACUUACUCUUCGUUCUCUUCAACUUUUUUUUUUUUUUUUUUUUUUGUCCUGGCAAGAUUUCAGGAUGGAGGAGGUAAAUGUCAAUCUCUUGUUGUCGCUGAGUUCGAGAGAGAGAGAAAAAAAAACUUUCAUCGAAAGGCGAUUUCUUACUUUGAGGUAGGAGUAGGGGUAGGGGUGGGAAGUCAGGGACCUAGAGAAUAGAGAGGAGGCAUAAGAAAGGGAGGGGGAAGAGUAAGCUAACAUUUUUACUGACACUCUUUCUAAUAAUAUAUAAAGUUGGUAAUUGCAAAAACAAGGAUGAGGGUAAGUAUAGGAGGAGGAUGCUACUCCGUGAUGUCGCAGGUGUUUAUUUGAGCUAGUGAUGCCUUUUUUCACCUUUUGUUCUUUGCCUGCCAAGUCAGCAGUGGUGUAAUAAUACAUCAGCUGGUAGAUUCCUUAUUUUGCAGGUACUUAUACUUGAAACUAUCAUUUAAUUUCUCAGGUUUGCUGGUUUAUAAGUUUGUGUUUCAAAUGAUUAUAUCCUAUGUGUGUAAUUAACUUCUAUUCAUAUUUUAGAUAUUGUGUAGAAGCUUUAAUAGACUGGAAUUUGUUUUAUUUAUAAUCAGACAUUUAGGUUGCCGUAAUUCAUUUGUAGGGACAAUUUGUUUAUGUUGACUGUUGGUUUAUAUUUCAUUGAUAGUAGUAAGAUGGCGGCGUGUUGACUUCAGAAUGUCUUAUUGCGGCGAAUGUGCAAGUUCUAUCCAAUAAUUUUAAAAUCUGAAUGGGUGACAGUUUGUGGAAUUUAUCCAAAACAAACAUCAUGAGUCUGGUGUAAGCUUCAUAUCUAUUACAUUUUGAAACAUCAUUGGUCACCGUACUCUACAAAAACUAGUGGAAAACAGUCAGUAGCACAUAUUUCA